AGUCAUUGGAGUCGAGCGCGUAAGGUGAUUCAACAGCAUUUAUUUCGUCAUAUCAAGACUUUAAAAUCACAAAUAUAUAGUUUUGCAGUUUUACGGGCAGUAAGCACAAGUGUGGUGUAUUGUCAGAUAACACUUGUAGGCAUAGUAAAGGUGUGCAAUGAAAAAUAUAUCAUUGUUUUGUGAGUGAGGUUCAUCCCUUGUUUCUGCACGUAUGUAUUAAGUACGCAGUAAAUGUACAACGCAAGUCGGAGCUCGGUUUUUUUUCCAUCAAACUCGAGUAUGCUCAAGAGAUAUGAUUGCUAAUUAUCAUCCUCUAGGACAAUAGCUGCAUAAAGUUAUCAUAAGUUUGUUGAAAAACCAAAAGAUGGACAGUUUUCUGCAGCAGCACGAUCUUCCUGGACUCAACGGUCUACUGGAGAAACACAAGCAGAUGCAAGAGAGGUCGGCAAUCAAGUCUCAGGCGCAAAUGAUGCACAGUGGCAUUAAUUUCGUCAACCCAGUAAAUCCAGGAUUGCAGCACGCCAAUGGUUUGUUUUUGGGAAGCCCUGCAGCAAUGGUGCCGUUCACGAAUCAUUACUUCAUGGGUAGUCCGGUGCAGAUGCAGUGUGCAAACGGCUACUACAAUCCAAAUCCCAUCCUUCAGCCUGUAAACAGUUUUUUCAAUCCCACUCCUGUACUCCAGCCUCCUCCUAGCAGCUACUUUAACCCCAAUUCUAUGUUGCAGACACCGGCUGGCACUUACUUCGAUCCGAGUGCCGUGCUACCCAAUCCGACCAAUUUUUUCAAUCCCAAUCCUUUGCCCCAGUUUCCUGUGCCUCAGAAUUAUUUGAACCAAAAUCUCAUGAUGCGGUACGACAAUUAUUUUGACCCUAACCCCGUGCCGCAGUACCAGAAUAACGCUUACAUUCAGAAUCCGGUAACACCGUGCUUGAGCAGCACUUAUCCCCCAAACUUUAUGCCCCAGUUCAUAAUUGGUGGGAAUCCCGGUGUUAAUCCUGUGCCACAGUGUACUAUAAACAAUAACUUUAGUCAGACUGCAGUGACACACGUUGCAAAUAGUAAUUUCAAUCGAAACGCUGUGCCGCAAAGUGUAAAUAGAGUUGUCAACAAAAAUUUUGCCAGUACCAACAAACCAAACUACCCCAAGGAGCAAAAGCCUCAAGGAAACGUUCCCGUUUCAACGGGCAAAGUUUACGUUAACCCGAGAUACAUUCAUGUUAAUCGAAAAUUUAUUUCUGAUGCUAAAGAAGCAAACUGCAGUAAGGAAGAAAAUUCUGACAUACCUUGUGCAUCGGAGACUUCAACCACAUCUGUUCCCGCGGUUGCUACUGACUCUUCUGCCGAAACGAACUUCCCUAGUGUGAGUGAAAACACACAGGCAGUAGAAUCUUGUAGUUCUGAAAAAUCGAAGCAAGAUGAUGGUGGUGUACUCAAGUCAGAAAAUAACGACUCUUCUGAGAAUAAUGCGAAUUCCAGCAUAGUGAUAUUGACGCGCAGUAAACUUGUCAGGAUAAAGAAAAGUCCCAUGAAACUCACGGUGGCACCAAGAAAGAGGCUUCCAUCCACUGGUUUGAAAAAAUUAAAGAUAAGUCCAAAGAAAAAUUUGACCUCUGCGAAUCAAUCGUACAGCAUGAGUAAAAUGAAAUAUAUUAAUUCGGCGACAAAAAAAAUGAGUCGCAGACUGGGAUUGAUUUCUAUUGAUGGUGUUUUGUACAACAAAAGCCGAAAUCAACUGAUUCGCAGUAAUUCUUCGUUAGUGAAGCGAAAACUUGAUUCUAUAUCUGACAAAAGUGUAGAAUAUUACGUGGCUGAAGAUGGUAAGAAACUAUUGAAAUUGGACAUCGUUAAGAAAAAAAGUGUCACUUCUCCAGUUAAAUCAAACACAACUUUACCGUCUGUAAAAAAUUAUAAGACAAAUUUCAGUUACAAAGUUAAGCAGAGAAGUUUGCAAAUUUUGCGAGAUAAAAUGCGCAAAAAUAAUCAACCAUGCCUUUUGUUCAAAAAGUUUGGGUACUGUGCUAACCAGAUAGAAGGAACUUGUCCCAAAGUGCACGAUAAAAAGCUAGUAGCAGUCUGCCGAAAAUUUCUUCAAGGAAAGUGUCGUUUGAAGAAUUGUCCACUAUCACACGACGUUGGUCCGGAGAAGAUGCCGACCUGCAAAUACUUUUUAGAAGGUUUUUGCACUCGUGAGGGAUGCCCAUAUUUGCAUGUCAAGGUGUCGUCGAAGAAGCCCAUUUGCAAUGAGUUUCUACGUGGUUACUGUCCUCGUGGUAAUGAGUGCCAGAACCGUCACAUAAUCGCGUGCCCAGAAUUCGACAAGAGCGGCAGCUGCAGCAAAGGUAAGUUUUGUCCAUAUCCUCACAAAUCACUCUUAACAGAGACCAAAAGACCAAAGGGAUCAGCUCGGCGCAAGAGCGAGGGGGUAUCGGGCGGGCGAGCUCUAAAGCUCAAGUCCCCUUCGAAAAAGCAACCGGGACAAGUGUCCGAGAGCACAAAGCGUUAUUACGACGAAACGAGCGAAGAUUUGAGCGUUAAACGGGAUAGACUGCCAAAACAAGUCGACGCGGCGACGGAGGAGGAGCCGCUUGCUCCUGCCCCUCGUACUUUAAACGAGGAGUCACUGGAUGCGUGCGAUGCAAGCAAAAGUAACGACAAUGCCCGUGAAACCGAACUCGUGAGCAGUAGAUCCCGGAGGCCACCCAUCGGUCCGCUUCCAGCUUAUAUUCCUAUCGAAUGACCUUGCGCGUUGCGUUAGGACGCGGUUCGUUUGUUGAAUAAGACCACCACUUUAUCUUUUCUUUCUUACUAAAGUACAUCUCUUCGUGACGUUAGUUAUGAGAUUUUUCUUUCCCCCCCUCCCCCCCAAGAAUAAUUUAUUCGCGAACUGUGAUAUAUACGCUCAUUUGUUACUCUAUAUCCGUUUGUUGCUCCCGUGUUUUUGCUGAUGAAAUAUUUGUAUUGUUGUAAAUAUAUUUAAACGCCUUGAUUGUUUGUUUGUUCGUUGAGGACGUUGAGAUUUCGAAUUUGAUUGAUAUCUUUGCGUGCCAAUUCUUCGCUCGUAAACUUUUUUUUUUCUUUCAUCCAUAUCAGGAUAAAACAAUACUUGAAAAACUGACAAGCCCAGUCUAAAACUCCAACGUUAUGACGACAUAUACAUAUAUUUUUUGUAACAAAAUUAUUUGUAAAU